GUUGGACUAACAGACACUCCAAGGAGUCGCUGCUCAGUUUUCUGAGACCAAAGCUGCAGAGAUAAUCCAUAUGAGACCUCAUCCCUCCUCUCUGACAUACGCAGAUCACUGCUGAUCACAGUUUACACACAGACACAUGCUUGCACGGAAAAAAAAGAGACGGAAUAAUACAUCAUAUAGUUUUUAGACCAAGGAAAUCACAAAUACAAGAAGCUAAGGUUCUCGACAAAGGCUGUCAUCAUGAGUAUUAAACAAGCCUGUAUCUUUCUCAGAGGAGGAACAAGGAGACAAACAAGAUCUCUUACACAAGAUGAGAUUGAAGAGUUACGUGAAGCUUUUGUAGAGUUUGAUAAAGACAAGGAUGGUUUCAUAACCUGUAAGGACCUGGGGAACUUAAUGAGGACCAUGGGUUACAUGCCGACUGAAAUGGAGCUCAUAGAACUGAGUCAGAACAUCAACAUGAAUUUGGGGGGACGGGUGGACUUUGACGAUUUCGUGGAACUAAUGACCCCCAAGCUCCUGGCUGAAACUGCGGGGAUGAUUGGGCUGAAGGAACUUAAAGACGCAUUUCGAGAGUUUGAUAUAGACGGCGACGGUUCAAUCACAUCUGAGGAGCUGAGGCAUGCAAUGAUAAAGUUGCUAGGAGAACAAACCAGCAAACAUGAAAUUGAUGCCGUGGUCAAAGAAGCUGACAACAAUGGAGAUGGAACAGUUGACUUUGAGGAGUUUGUGAAAAUGAUGUCGCAGAAAUGAGGACAACAGAAUGAAUGGAUGACUGUGAAUGG